AUGAUAAACACCAGGAUCAUUAAGAUCGUGUUCAUAUUCUGCUUGAUCUUAAAUGUUAUCUAUUUCUGUCGGAUAUACUCUAUCGAGGAGACAAGGGUAAGGAAAGCUGCAGCUGACCACCUGAGUACGAUAGUAUAUCACAUGGACGAUCUGGUAGACAUACCUAAGGGAGUUUCGUAUUCUCGUAUGAAUCACGAACAAAAGGUCGCCUAUUUACUCCGCGAGGUCGAGCAAGAUAAGGACAGAUUUUGGCUAGCACAUACGGAUUUACUCCAGAAGAAUCUUAUGCUCAAAGCGAAAGACUUCUUGGCUGAAGAGGACGGCUAUUGGGCCAAAUCACCGAAGUUGUAUUAUGACCCUCGCUUCACAUUGUCCAUAUAUUUAGAUGAAUUAAGAGACCAAUUAGAGACUAAGAACAAGUUCAACGACAAAUCAAAUGACAAGCUUGUGACGGUUCCUUUUGCAUGGUCAGAUUGGGUCGAUUUGACUUUGCUAAACGAAGAACUUCUUAAACCUACGGAAGAAAGACUCAACUGUGAGUGGUUGCAAAGUAAAAUCAACAAGCCCACUAAGUACCCAAAUUUCUGUAAAAAUUUGAUGGAUAUUACGGACGAGGAGUUAAAAGAAAUAGGCUUACCUUCUAAGGAAUUUAUUCCUGGUUUCGUUGUUAAAGGAUCGCCUAUGAAUAAGGCGCCACAUAAACAAGUCAUGAUGCAAGGAAAAGCGCAUUUGUUAUUAUACCAGGAAAAUCCCUUAUCAAUUAUUUUUUUGACUAAGAAAGGUACAUAUGAAGCCCAAGUGAGCGAUAAGAAACGAAUCGUACAUACAGACUUGUUGCAAAAUUACUUGAUGAGAAAUGGAAUCAAAGACAAGUCUGCUAUUUUGGAGUUGAAUCCAACAAAGGAGUUUUCGAAGUUACAAGCUAGAGUCCCUCCAAGACCCCUUAAUUUAGAUGAUGACAUCUAUAGAAUGAAUGCAAUUACGAGACAAACUGAUGUUAAUGCCAGUCGUGAGCUCUAUUUAAGUACUGAAGCGUUUAAUUACAAACAGGAGCAAGUUGAUGCUCAGAUCAAAGCAUACGAAGAUCGAUUCAUGAAACUUGAUGAUUUGAUGACGAAUGAGCUUCACUAUGACCCCAAAUUAUUGGCCGAAUAUGCUUUUGACAGACAUGAAUUGAACCACUACAAUGGGUUGAAAUAUGCCAAUUUAUUCGAGGCUACCAAAGAGCCUACUUAUUACAAGUUAGCGACUCUUUUGAAGGACAAAGAAAAUAGAGACUCGGGCUGGCACUAUGAAUGGAGGUUUUUCAAUGGUGCUUUGCGCUACAUCAAAGACGAUUGGACCAUGGAGCAACUUGAAACUAGAGAACAGAUUAUUUUAGAUAGAUUAUUAAGGAACUGGUUUCGCUUUGCUGAAGAAAAGGGUAUCAUAUCGUGGAUCGCACAUGGUCCGUUAUUGGCAUGGUAUUGGAAUGGCUUAAUGUUUCCUUACGACCUUGACAUAGAUAUUCAAAUGCCUAGUUCUGAACUUAAUAGAUUAUCGAAAAACUAUAAUAUGACAUUGGUUAUUGAAGAUCUUGAGGAGGGUUACGGAAAGUUCUUAAUUGAAUGUGCUACAUUCUUACACCAUAGGGACAUGCCUUCGAAAGAUAAUCACAUCGAUGCUAGAUUCAUCGAUAUCGAUACGGGCACGUACAUUGAUAUCACAGGAAUUGGUAAAAACAAUGAAGUGCCACCCCCCGAAUAUGACAGUCACAUUAGAAACAAGAAUGCGAAUGGUGGAUCGGUCGAGUUGUAUAUGGAUAGGCGAAAGCAUUGGUUGAACUUUGAAAGUAUCAAUCCAUUAAGAUAUUCGAUGAUUGGAGGAGUACCAGUUUAUGUUCCAAAUGACAUUAUGUCCAUGUUGAAUCGUGAAUACAGUCAGGGAACAAGAUCCUAUCAUUUCGGUGGCUAUUAUUAUGUUCCACUGGUGAGAUUGUGGGUAGAAGAGAAGUAUUUAUUAUUUUUAUUUGAUGAGAAGGCAUAUAAGGAUGGAGACAAGAUAAACAAAGACAAGUUAAGCUUUCUUGUACGUCAAAUGACUCCAGAAGAUAAAGUGAGACUAUUACAAUCAAACAACGAUAUCUUAGUGGAAUAUUAUUUGACUCAUAAGCAUACUGCUCUCCAUGAGAUUGAGAAGAAGUUCAUGUUAGAUUCAUCAUUACAGCAUUCCAUAUUGGAUUUAAAGCAUAAAUCAGAUUACCACCAAUUAACUUCGAGGUUUAAAAUGGGUAAACCUUUGAGAAAAUCUUUGUGGGAUUAUUCACAGAUCGAGAGACAUCUUCAUACUCAUAGUCCUGAUCAACAGGCAAACGACCCAAUAGAUGAACAGAAGGAAGUUGAGGAACACGGGACUGACAGUGUAAAAAUUGAAAGUCAACAAAAUGGACAAGUAGAAAGUAAUCAGAUUGAUCAAGACCAAGGGGAAAAUAAAAUUGCUAAUUCUGCUGACAAUAGACCGCAGUCGGGUACGGAAAGUGACCUCAUAAAUCAGAAUCAAGUACAGAACAAUCCAGUUGAGGCUCCUCAGGAAGAGAAUCAGCAGAAGGAGCUGAAAGAAGCAGAAAUAAAAUCUAAUAAUCAAUAA